CCGACCCUGGUUGUGUUCACUGUUUCAUCGCGGUUUGCCACUCGCCCAUCAUUCAGCAUCCAUUUCGCUAUAGACAGUGAGAAACUCGCGAGAUUUGUAUCUCGACGAAUGGAGUAGGAAUAAAACAGACUCCUCGAUCCCAGCCGCUUAAAAGCCAAGGGUGUGUGAUUAACUCUUUCAGAGAGUGAUACUAAAAAUGUGAAUGUACAUGUUCAACGUUCGACAUCUCUCUCCGCCCUAAAAAAGUCCCAUUUUCGGAAGAUCCCGUGACUUUUGGCGUGUGAAUGGAAUCAUCUCCUCGAGUUUUGGACAAGAUCGAGAGGAUUGAGGCUUUGGAGGGAGGCCCUGAAGGUUUGGGAGAAUGCUCAUUUGAAUAGCGCUUAUCUUCUUCCCCCAUGAAUCCAUGAAUCCAUGAAUCCAGGCAGGAUCUGAAGAACGGUUAAUGAUGAUAUUGAGAUCGUGAGAAAUGUAUCAUCGUUCUUGGAAAAGUGAGAGCCGUGAAGACUCGGUCUGAAAGAUUCCGAUCGAGACAACCACCACCAAUUCAUAAAACACAGAAUCGAAUCAAGGUGUGUCGACGAGAUUGAAAAGCCAGACAGAGAGAGAGAGAGAGGCAUUCUUUUGCUACUUCUCAUAGUGUUCAAUCCAGUCAAAGUCAGUGUGCUCAACAAGAAUUAAGUGAAAUGAAGCAGUGAUUGUGAGAAGAAGUUCGUCGGAAGAGAUACUAUUCAUUCAUGAUGUACAAACUCGUGCAAACUAUCAACUCCACCAAAUUCCGGACCGAACCAUUUGAGGAUUUCUAUGAACAAUACGAGGAAAUCGGAAGUGGUCAAUUCGCCGUGGUAUUUCGUGUGAUCGAGAAGAGCACCCGAAACGAAUAUGCGGCCAAAUUCAUCAAGAAAAAGCGGCUCGAGACCUCUCGACGAGGUGUGGCUCGGGAGGACAUCCAGAAGGAAAUCCACAUCUUGGCCGAAAUGGAACACGUGAAUGUGAUCUACUUGCACCAGGUCUACGACACCAGUCACCACGUCAUCCUCGUUCUCGAGUUACUUCGUGGCGGAGAACUGUUCGAUUUCAUCUCGGAAAAGGAGCGCUUGUCUGAAGAGGAGGCCUCCAACUUUAUCAAACAAAUCCUUGAAGGCCUGAAGCAUAUGCACAGCAAAUACAUCGCUCAUCUGGACCUCAAGCCCGAAAAUAUCAUGCUCAAGACUGAGAACAGUCCGUUGCUAAAACUCAUUGACUUCGGACUGAGUCGAAAGAUCAAACCUGGCGAGGAGUUACGUGAAAUGUUGGGCACUCCGGAGUUUGUGAGUCCAGAAGUGGUCAACUUUGAGCCGAUCUCACUCAACACGGACAUGUGGAGCAUCGGAGUCAUUACCUAUAUUUUGCUCUCGGGUGCGUCUCCAUUUUUGGGCGAUACUCAGCAGGAAACCUACGCGAACAUUGUGGCUUGCGACUAUGAAUUCGACGAAGAGUUCUUUUCCCAGACCUCGGAUUUGGCCAAGGAUUUCAUCAGGAAGCUCUUCGUAUUCGAGCAAAGGAAGAGGGCCACCGUUGAGGAAUGUCUGAACCAUCCUUGGAUCAAACCCCGAAACGAUGGAGAUCAGCAGACACGAAAAGAGAAGGAAAUCAAUAUCGAGAACUUCAAAAAUUUUCAAGCCCGAAGGCGAUGGAAGCACUCGAUGCGUGUGGUGGCCUUGUGUAACAAGUUAUCCCGAUCCAGAGGAUCCAAAUUGGGCUUGGACGACGACGAAUCCGGAGCGGCCACGCCUCCCAUCGUUUCCAAUAUGGCCACAGGAACGCCCGCUGUACUAGAGGAGGACAAUUUCGUUCUCUCCGCCAUUUUCUGCGCCAUCGAGGAGGACAACCAAGAGGGCCUCAAGAAGCUCUUGUCCAUGGCCAGCAUUGACGUGAACCAGAGUAACAAGCAGGGCGAGAGCUCCAUUCAUAUUGCGGCCGGAUUUGGACGCUUUGAGAUCAUGAAGAUCCUGGCCCAGAAGGGCGCCAAUCUCGGAUUGGUAGACCACCAAGGAGACAGUACGAUCGUUUGGGCAGCCAGACAAGGUCACACCGAGACCAUCAAAUACCUGGUGUCUCAGGGCGUCCAUUUGAAUAUGAUCAACAAGGGUGGGGAAUCUUGUCUGCACGCCGCUUGUAAAUACGGCCAAGUGGAGGCCGUUCAGUAUUUAACUUCUAUUCAUAUCAACCUCGACCUUCAAGACCAGCAUCUUGAUACCGCUCUUCACGUGUCCGCUUGGAAUGGCUUCUCACAGAUCCUGCAAAUUCUCUUGGCAGCAGGAGCGAAUAAACAUCUUAAAAAUGAGGAUGACGAGUCUCCACUUCAUGUGGCCAGUUCGAGAGGCCACUUGGAAUGCGUCCGAUGCUUAAUCGAGGCCAAACCUGACCUCGAUGACCAGGAUAAGUGGGGCAACACUGCUUUACAUAUGGCCAUCCGGAGGCAAUAUACCGGCGUGGCCAUGCUGUUACUGCAUGCGGGAGCAGACUUCGAUAUCGUCAAUUGUAGUGGAGAUACGGCCCUGCAUUUAGCCACCAGAGAAGGAUUACUCACGGUGGCACAAUCAUUAUGUGCUUUUGGGUGCUCCGUGGACCUCACUAAUACAGAGGGCCAGUUUCCUCUUCACCUGGCGGCUAAAAAUGGUCACACUGAGAUUGUGCGUUGUCUUUGCUUGGCCGGGAGUCGAACCGACGCCAAGAAUAAGGACGGAAUGACCCCUGACCUGACUGCCAUGGCCAAUGGACAUCCUCACAUCAGCGAGCUUCUCAAGCGUUUAAGAAGGGAAUCAUGUUGUGACGAUUACAUUGAUCAACUGAUCCCCACAUCCUUGCCCAUAACCAAAAUCAAGUUGAAGAUAUUUGGUCAGUCCGCAGUGGGGAAAACCAGUUUGAUUGAAUCACUCCGUGCCGGUUACUUUACUGGUUUGUUCCGAAGAAGCAAGCGCAACUCUGUUAAAACGAAUGCCAAGCUUCCCAAAGAGUCUAGUUCGAGCUCGAAACCCGCCAGCACAGCCUCAAGAGCUGUGGCCUCAGGUGUGAAGAACCAUCCUUUGCAACGGGCUAGUCCCACGAAAACCAGUCAACGGAAAAAGGAAUACUCAAUCUCAUCGGGAAAGGACGAUGACGCUACUUUGGGCAAAUGGCAGAGAGACAUGAGGCUCAGAAUGAAGACUGUUAAUCCUGAACACACCAUUGGAGGCAUGCCUCCGUCUCCUUCCAGUGUGAGAAGUGCAGUGGCAGCUUUUGAGAGUCAUGAGUCUAUCCACGAUGAUUACACCAAAGGAAUUGACGUCCUUCAGUGCUCAUUGGGAAAUGCUGGUGACAUAAGUAUUUGGGAGUUCUCCGGCGAAGAGAACUACUUCUUCCUUUACGAUCACUUCAUCGGGAAUGUGAAUUGCAUUCACGCCAUAGUUUUUAGUUUGGAAGAUUCGCGCAAUGACCAAUUGGAACAAGUUCGCUUUUGGCUCACAUUUCUUCGCAGUCGCAUUCCACCAGUGGAACCUUUAGGUGACCAAGGGAAGUCAAACAAGCCCGCUCGGAUCAUUUUGGUGGCCACACAUGCAGAUGUGAAGUCUUGUUCCAAAAACGCCGUAGGAGAGCACACUUCCAAGGACGCUGAUCACGUGCUCAAACAGAUAUUGACGGAAUUCGGUAACGUUUUCGAUCUCCAUCCUCGGACGUUUGUUUUGGAUGCCAAUGUGAGCAACUCUCAAGACAUGAAAACGCUCAAACACGCCAUUAGUGAGCUGAAAACGGAAAUUAUUGAUGGUCGAGAUGCAAAAGUCACGAAUGUUUUGGCCGAAAACGAUGUAAUCAUUCAAGAUGGUUUGACGGCUGAUCUUUCUUACACUCUUGUAACCCAACGAGAACCUGACAAAAAGGGUUUGCCGCGGUCCACCCGAUUCCUGGAACUGGUCUUAAGUUACUUACCCGAUUGGAGAAAGUCUUUGUCGCAAUAUCCGGUGAUUCCUUGGCAACAGUUUAUGAAGCACGUCCGGGAACAAAUCAAUCCUUUGUCCGCGGAUGACCACCUAAAAGAGGUCAUUCAACAGCUUCAACUUAUGGGCGAGGUUAUUUACGCGAAAGGCGACCUCUGCGAUUUGAUUGUCUUGGACCCCAAAUGGUUGACCCAAACAGUGUGUGGGUUUUUGCUCAGCCGAGACUUCAAAAUCAAGGCCAGACCCAAUGGUUGCUACUCAGUGGAGGAAUUCCAAUUGGCUGCUCCCUCAUGGGACGCCUUUGAGUUGCUACCUAUCCUAGAGUCCCUUGGAAUGUGCACCCAGUGCCAAAAUGAGGGUGAUAUUGAGUACGAGUUCCCAUGCUUCAAUCGGACAGAGACCCUGGCUGGUUUAUGGUCACCCGAGGACAAACGCUAUGACGACGGUGUCUACGGCGGGGUACUACUUCAAGCUCUUUCCAACUCCAAAACCAUCCUGAAGAUCCUCUUUCCACGGGUUCAAGCCUAUCUUCGGCGCCAUAGCAAUCGAAAAGCUGGCGCUGAUGCCAUGAUUGACCUCUAUCAAUGGGAGAACGGUUCCAAGUAUUGUGUGGGUGACCUAGAGGGACUUAUGACUUUAAAGGCAGAGGCUGAUUCUAUUUCGGUGAAGGUCCGUGGUCCUGGUGGAAGUGAGAUAAGCUGUUUUCAAUUCCUUGAGGAGAUCUUGAGUGUUAUUGACCAAGUUCUCCUGGAAAUGAGUCCUGGACUUCCGAUUGACAAACACGUGCUCAGUGUCUCUGACUUGUUCAGACACAAUUCCGUCGUUCAUAGUUGGGCGUCGUCGGAUAUCAUCCGACAAAUGGUCUUGUCUGAUGGAUUUGACGCCAAAAUAACCCAUCCAGUGACAAAAGAACCAGAGGCUCUCAUUGACUUGGUCUGCUUUGGCAGUAAAGAGCUUUCAACUCAUCUUCAGCCUGGUUAUGAAGUGCACAUUUCGUCUAUUUCUACUCUUACCCGACAAUCCCUUUGUUCGGCCAUGGACGCUCCGGAUCCCAUGGGCAAGGAUUGGUGCUUGCUGGCCGUGAAAAUGGGACUUGCAGACAAAGUUCCGAAACUAGACAGAAGUGGCUCCAAGAUCCUUAGUCAUCCAAGUCAAAUGGCCAAACUCCUGGAUGAAUGGGAGACCAGCUCAAACAGUACCAUUGGCGAGCUUUCCAAAUAUUUGGACGAGAUCGGACGGCGCGACGCCUUUGAUUCCCUCUUGUCCGGGUGUCCUUUGUACAGGAUCAACUCUAGUCUUGAGGAAACCGCCGGUUUGAAACCCAUCAUUGCACCUACUCAAGAUUUAGUCAUCGAUCCCAUUUCUUACGCCAGUUAGACGGGCCUUUCUUUUGAAGUGACAUACUCAAGCUGUGAAGUGGAAGAAUCUGUUUCGUUUGUUUGUUUUGUUAGUUGGAGUAUGUGUGUGGACUCGCUUUUCCUUACGUUAAAGUUCUCAUUUUAUCAUCGAUAAUAAUACUGUUAUUAAAGCUAUUGCAUUUAUUGCCUGUAACUUGCCAUUCCAAGAAUAUAUUUCAUAACCAAGAGAGCAAUAAAUCAUAAUCCACCGCCCGCA